GCGAAUGGCCAUGGCUGUUCAAGUAGCAGGCCUCUGGCCGUCCAACUCCUCCUCAACCCACACUCACUUUCUUCUCUGCCGGAACAACAACCUGAAACCACCGCCAUCCUCAACCUCUCUCUCCGCCACGGCUUCUCUCUCAUCCCCACCUCCCUCAAUCCAGAUUGUUGGUGGCGGGAGAGCUCCGAGCUGGUACGAAAAUGGAGGUGCCAAUCUGGAUGGGUUCCGAGAGGGGGAGGAUGAUGAUUGGUGUGACCUGGAUGCUGAACUUUAUCACUGGACCAGGCAACUGCGUCCUGUUCAGUGGUACCCUGGUCACAUUGCUAAAACGGAAAAGGAACUCAAAAACCAACUCAAGUUGAUGGAUGUAGUGAUAGAGGUUCGAGAUGCGAGAAUUCCUAUGUCAACUAGUCAUCCACAGAUGGAUUUGUGGCUUGGUAAUAGGAAAAGAGUUUUGGUGUUGAAUAGGGAAGACAUGAUAUCCACGGCAGACCGGAAUGCUUGGGCUACCUAUUUCGCAAGGGAGGGAACGAAAGUUGUGUUUUCAAAUGGAAAACUUGGAAUGGGAGCUAUGAAGCUAGGCCGGUUAGCUAGAUCACUAGCAGCAGAUGUGAAUGUCAAACGCAGAGCCAAAGGACUUCUUCCACGUGCGGUACGAGCUGGUAUAGUUGGAUAUCCAAAUGUUGGGAAAUCGUCUUUGAUUAACCGUUUGCUGAAGCGAAGAAUGUGUGCAGCUGCUCCAAGACCUGGAGUGACUAGAGAAUUGAAGUGGGUUCAUUUUGGGAAAGAUCUUGAAUUGCUAGACUCUCCUGGCAUACUCCCUAUGCGGAUUAGUGAUCAAACGGCAGCAAUAAAACUUGCUAUUUGUGAUGACAUUGGAGAGAGAUCUUACGGUGUUGCUGAUAUUGCUGCAGUACUGGUCCAGAUGCUUUCAAAGCUUCCACCAGUAGGUGUAAAGGCUCUUAACAACCGCUACAAGAUGGAUGCAGAUGGUCACUGUGGAAAAACAUAUGUUCAGAAGCUUGCCGUUCACAUGUUCAAUGGGGAUAGUCAUCAAGCAGCAUUUCGCGUGUUGUCAGAUUUUCGGAAAGGGAGGUUUGGUUGGAUUGCGCUCGAGAGGCCACCCAGAUGAUAUUUUAUUGGGACGACUUGGUGGUAGGCGAGUAGUCAAGCUUCACAGGUGACUAUAAACAUAAAAAGAACCCCAAUCGCUGAGAUGCACAAGUUAAGCAUCUUCAUGGAGUAUCAAAGUCUAGGCAAGUGAAGAUGCCCGGUGCCACGAAGACUAAAAACCAAGCUUCAUAUUGGAGUAAAAACGUCGAUUGAGGAGACAGCCGUGAAAACCUUUAUAGCCGAAGCUGGGAGGAGCAUAUAGGCAAUGGUGGCUCGCCCUCGUAAGGUAUAACAUAUAUACUGAAAACAAUGUCAAGUUUUUGUAAACUAAAUCUCAACCGGAGGCAGCAUGCCCCAAAGACUCUUACUUUGAAAACGGGCACCCCGUUGUGUAGCGUAGCGUAUAUGUAGUGAUUCGCACGAAUAAUUGAAAAUCCAGUUUGAAAAGCCGUACUUUCAACGGAGAUUUUGAUUUUUUUUGUGUGA